UUCCCGGCAUGCUCCUCUACGGGUGCGCCUGCGUACAGGAGCUACCGCACCCGGGAGCGGGUUGCUUUAAAGCGCUGUCUUAGUUCCAUGGAAACCGGCCUGCCUGCAGCCGGACAGAGCUACAGGCGGACAGACGGACUGUGGGGUGCGUAUGGAAAACACAAUGUCCAAACCAGUCCUCUCUCCAACCCAUAUCAAUGCUACAGCUUCUGAAACAUUCACAGUACUUCAGCAAAGGAUGAGAAUAGUUGAGGAACAGACCAGCUCUCUGAGGGAUGACCUCAUAAUGUUGGACUUUGGAGAAAAAAGAGGCCAACAGGAAGCUCCAAACUGUUUAGAAGACCCUGCCAGCCAGAGAGUCCUGAGUCCUAUCAAGAAUGAAGUAAUUAGUUCAGGAAAAACAGAUAUUUUAUGGAAGAACUGUGACUUUCUGGUAAAUCGAAUGUGCCACCUAGAAAGCCUCAUCCAGUCCUUGAAGAUGAACAUCUUUCGUCUGCAAACUGAAAAGGAUUUGAAUCCACAGAAAACAGAUUUUCUGAAGGAUCGACUGAAUACAAUACAGGAGGAACAUUCCAAAGACCUGAAACUGUUGCAUCUCGAAGUAAUGAAUUUGCGCCAGCAACUGAGACAUGUGAAAAAGGAAGAAGACAAAGCACAAGAUGAAGUACAACGGUUGACUACCACUCUGGAGUUAGCCUCAGAGACAAAGAAGAAUGCAGCCGUUAUUGAAGACGAACUGAAGACCACAAAACGUAAAAUGAACCUUAAAAUUCAGGAGCUAAAGAGACAACUGGCUCAGGAGAAGCACUUCAGGGACUCUCUUGAGAAAUCUGGAUCAGCCAUGCUACUCAAAAUACAAGAAAUGGGAUCAGCAGUGGAGACAGAACGAAAACAGGUGCACAUUUUGCAACAAAACAGCAUUGCCCUGCGCAGCUCUAUACAGACUACCCAAGAACUUCUGGCACAAGAACAACAACAAAAAGAGGAGUUGGAGACUGCUACCUCACAGCUCAAGUCUGAUCUAAUUUCUAGAGAUGACCUCAUUUCCAAGUUGGUUGAAGAAAAUAAGAAUAUGCAGAUGUCUUUCAACAAGGAACACGAAGAAAAUGCAUGUUUGAGAUCUGAAAUAAUGUCCCUUCAUGAAGCAUCAGAAAAAGCACAGGUUUUGAAUGACCAACUGACUAAAAAGUGUUCAGAGCUGAACUGCAUGCUUCAGACUGUUAGUAUGGAAAAAGCCAGAAUCAUUGCUGACCAUCAAGUCAUUCUGCAGGUAGAGCAGAAAAUGAUGACACAGACAUUUCAAGAACAAAACUUACUGCUGGAUGCAGCCCAUGCCAGUAUCACAAGUGAACUACAGACUGUUCAGAAUGAGAAAAACCAACUCCAAGCACAUCUGGACCAUUUAAUCCUUGAGCAUAACCAGUGUAUCCAGAAAGCGAAGGAUGCUGAGAAGAGGACAACUGUGCACAAAGAGCUGCUAAAAUCAACUAUCGCAAGAUUGCGAGGUGAAUUGGAAGCAUCAAUGCAAGAGAAGAAGUCUCUACUAGAGGAGAAAGAAAGACUUGAGAAAGAGGUUAAUACAACUGAAAAAGAAAUAGCAGAAGAAAAAUCCAGUUUGGAAAAGGAAUUAGCUAAGAACAAGGAAGACAUAAAUGCAUUAACUAAAAACCUGCAGACUCUAGAGGAAGAGAAUAAGCAGCUGGCAGAUCAAAUGUCUUCCCUAGAACUUCAGCAAGUCACUUCUGAUUACCAUGGGCUUGCCCAACAGAAGGUGGAAAACGUUUUGGGAAAAAUUACUGAGAGUAAAAAUAAACUGGCCUAUGAAAAGGGAAAACUCCAGAUAAAAGUUGAACAACUAGAAGAACAACUACAUUCUUUUACUGAAACCAGUUUACAGAAUGAACAUCUACGCAAAAUGAAUAAGGCUCUAGAGGCCAAAUAUGCUCAGGCAAACUCAGAACUCAGUGCCAACAAGGUAUACCUGUGACAACAAGCUCACCUGAAAGAGGUAUUAGUAGUGCAGGUGCUUACUUGUCAGCAUGGUGCUAUUAAGGCUGAAAACCUUUUAUAG